AUGGCUGGACAGUCAAAGGUUGAGGUGCUUCCUCCGUGGGGCAAUGCUGUUGCAGGUGCUGCAGGUGCCGUCAUUGCAAACACAUUGGUCUAUCCACUGGACAUGAUCAAGACGCGACUGCAGGUACAAGUCAAGCGCUCUAAGACAUCAACCGGUACUAAUCCCGCCGACCACGAACACUACAACGGAACCCUCGAUGCUGUCCAAAAGAUUAUCGCGAACGAAGGUGUCUCUGGGUUAUACGCAGGCAUGUUCGGCUCCUUGGUCGGUGUCGCCUCGACCAACUUCGCAUACUUCUACUGGUACACCUUUGUUCGCAGCAUGUACCUGUCCUACCAAACCGUUGCGGGGCCUCCAGGGACCGCCAUGGAGUUGUCGCUAGGAGCCGUAGCUGGAGCUCUGGCGCAACUGUUCACAAUCCCGGUCGCUGUCGUGACAACGCGUCAACAGACCAUGAGCAAGCAUGAGCGCAAAGGAAUGAUCGCUACAGGCAUGGAUGUGGUCAACGGCGAGGACGGCUGGACAGGUCUGUGGCGCGGCCUCAAGGCCAGUCUGGUCCUUGUGGUGAACCCCUCCAUCACAUACGGUGCAUAUCAGAGACUGCGAGAGAUAUUGUAUCCCGGGAAAACAGCUCUAAAACCUCACGAGGCUUUCCUGCUUGGUUCUCUAUCAAAGAUACUUGCUACACUCGUCACACAACCACUGAUCGUCGCCAAAGUUGGCCUCCAGUCGAAGCCGCCACCAGCCAGGAACGGCGUCCCGUUCAAGACAUUCACCGAGGUCAUCCACUACAUUGUCGAGCACGAGGGCGCAUGGGCACUGUUCAAAGGUAUCGGGCCGCAGAUCUUGAAGGGCUUGCUGGUACAGGGUUUCAUGAUGAUGACCAAAGAGAGAAUCGAGCUGCAGUUCAUCCUCCUGUUCAGAUAUUUCCGCAAAAUCCGCGCCGAGAAGCUGCAGAAGCUCGCGAAUAUUGCCGCCGAGAAGGCUGGCAAGGUCGCGCCUGUACUCGCCAAAUAG